AUGUGCCUUUGUACCGGGAUGAGCAGCUGGAUCCAGACAACCACCAUUCAUCUUUUAAGAACCGGGUGGAUCUGCAGGACAGACAGAUGAAAAAUGGAGACGUGUCUCUGGUUCUGAAAAAUGUGACGACUGCGGAUGAUGGAUCAUACAAUUGUAAUAUCUUCAACAAAGUGACAAAAUCAUGGGAGAGCAUCAACACUGUCAGCCUGACUGUUUCAGCCCAGAACACUGUUACAGCGAAGUCUGGACAGGACGUAGUUCUACCAUGUCGAGUUCCAUCCGACAAAACCAUCAGAGCUGUGAAGUGGAUCAGAGCUGACCUGGGAGAUAAUUAUGUGCUUUUGUACCGGGAUGAGCGGCUGGAUCCAGAAAACCAGCAUCCAUCUUUUAAGAACCGGGUGGAUCUGCAGGACAGGAAUAUGAAUAAUGGAGACGUGUCUCUGGUUCUGAAAAAUGUGACGACUGCUGAUGAUGGAUCAUACAAUUGUAAAAUAUUCAGCGGAGGGACAACUUCAUGGGAGAGCAUCAACACUGUCAGCCUGACUGUUUCAGCCCAGAACACUGUUACAGCGAAGUCUGGACAGGACGUAGUUCUACCAUGUCGAGUUCCAUCCGACAAAACCAUCAGAGCUGUGAAGUGGAACAGAGCUGACCUGGGGAAGGAAUAUGUGCUUCUGUUCCGGGAUGAGCAGCUGGAUCCAGAAGAGCAGCAUGUGUCUUUUAAGAACCGGGUGGAUCUGCAGGACAGGAAGAUGAAUAAUGGAGACGUGUCUCUGGUUCUGAAAAAUGUGACGACUGCUGAUGAUGGAUCAUACAAUUGUAAUAUCUUCAAUGGAGGGACAACUUCAUGGGAGAGCAUCAACACUGUCAGCCUGACUGUUUCAGGUCAGACAGGAGGAGGCACAGAGGAUGGAUCUGUUGGACUGAUCGUCGGUCUUUCAGUUUCUGCUUUGCUUCUUGUUGCUGCUGUUGUUGGAUUUUUGAUCUACAGAAAACAUAAACAACCACAGAGUCAGGAUUCAUACUAGCCUCCUGUUGAACUGCAGCCUGUUCUGUUCUUCACUCAUCACCCACCUGACAGCUGACACCUCACACCUGUUUCUCACCUGCAGGUCAGACAGCACAACUCACAGUUGCACCUGUUGGACUCAUCGUUGGUCUGAGUGUUCCUGCUGUGCUUCUUGUUGCUGCUGUUGUUGGUUUUGUGUGCUACAGAAAACAUAAACAACAGAACCGGGAUUUUAACUAGCAUCC